CAAAAUUUUGGGGAGCCUCUCCACUCUCUCUCUCUCUCUAACCCUAACGACAACUUAACGUUCCAUUCCCCCAAAAUCGAACACCUAAAACUUGAAGUUUCAAGCAAUUAUCGUCUUCCAAACAUAGUUUCCGUUUGAUUCACUUGAAAUUUGGUGCAAGUUCAAGGCUACAACUCAAAGCUCUCCGUAUUCAACUGUAUCGGAGAGAGACAUAAAUCCAAUGAGUUCUCGGAACCAAAACAAGCCGCCUGUAAAUGUACAGAAAACUCGAGCAGUUGAUGAUGCUCCUUUAGAUAAGCGUAGGAAAAUUGGUACUGGUAGGAUGAUGGCCUCCACAACUGCAAGUCGAGGCAGGCAAGCACUUGCCCCAAUGAGCAAUCAGAAGGAUGCUUCUAUUCCUGCUCCUGUAGCACCCUCUGAAACUGAGGUUUCUGAGUGUGAAGAUAUCACAUUUACAAAGGAGGAGGUCAUUGAGCUAUUAAACGACAAGUUCAAAGGGAAAAAGUUUGAUACAAAGUUAAAACAAGAGUGGAUGACCAAACACAUUAAAAAGCUCCAUGAUUGCAUAAAAUGGUUCCAAAAGAGUCUUGACGACCUUCUAGAGGAAAAGGAUAACAUGCGUACAAUGCUGGAUUCUUCUGAAACAAAAUAUUUGGAAGCAGAGGCUGCAAUGAAAAUCAAGGAAGAAGAGUUGAAUUCAACAAUUUCCAAAUUGGAAAACAAUAUUCUCUCUUUGAAAGAAAGUCUUGCAAACGAACAGUCACAAAAGCAAGCUGCCAUUGAUGGACACAAUAAUGAAAAGGAAGUUACAGUUGCUUUAUCAAAGGAUCGAGACUCUUUAAAGGAAAAGCUUUUUGUUUCUGAGCAGAAUUUGUCAACUGCUAAUGACAAGGUAAAACAACAAGAAGAUAUGUAUAAAAGGUUGCAAGAAUACAACACAAGUUUGCAACAGUACAAUAGCAAACUUCAAAACGAACUUAAAACAGCCACUGAUGCAAACAAACAGGUGGAAAAAGAAAAAGCAGCAAUCUUGGAAAACCACAGCACUUUAAGGGGACAUUAUAGCUUGUUGCAGAAAGAGUUCACAUCUGCAAAAGAUUCACUAGAUAAUGCAGUCAAACAAAAGGAAGAUGCUACAAAUGAGGUUAAGGUACUUAGAGGUGAAUUACAGAAGCUAAGGGAAGAUCGUGAAAGUCAACUAUCAGAAAUACAAGAUUUAAAAUCUGAAAUUCUUCGAUAUAAAGAUAAUACAGGGCGAACUGCUGCAGAGGUCCAUAAUUUGAGCUUGAAAUCAACUGCUUUGGAGGAGACAUGUUCUGAUCAAAGCAAGCAAAUAUCUAUGCUUGAGCAUCAAUUAGCUGCUGCAAAUCAAAAACUAAAGAUGGCGGAUUUAUCUUCUUCAGAGAUAAGAACAGAAUACGAGGGACAAAAGGAAAUGAUUUGUAAAUUAGAAGAUCAAUUGAGGGAAAAGGAAGGUCAACUAAAUGAAGGGGAGAGAUUGAGGAAGAAGCUUCACAAUACUAUCUUGGAGCUAAAAGGGAACAUAAGAGUUUUUUGUAGAGUGAGGCCUAUGCUUUCUGAUGAUGCCCCUGGAUCUGAUGCCACUGUCUGUUAUCCAACUUCAGUUGAAUUAGCUGAACGAGGCAUUGAAAUUGUUCAGAAUGGACAAAUAACUCCUUUCACAUUUGACAAAGUGUUUAAACAGAAUGCAUCUCAAGAAGAUGUUUUUAUGGAAAUAUCACAGCUUGUCCAAAGUGCUUUGGAUGGAUACAAGGUGUGUAUUUUUGCAUAUGGGCAAACAGGGUCAGGGAAAACAUAUACAAUGAUGGGGCCCGAAAUUCCAAAAGAAAGUAAAGGUCUUAUUCCACGUUCCUUAAAACAGAUCUUUGAAACAAGUCAGACACUUGCUGCUCAGGGUUGGGAAUUCAAAAUGCAGGCAUCAAUGUUGGAAAUCUACAAUGAAACAAUUCGUGAUUUGUUGUUAAAAUCAAACACCGGAGAUUCUUCAAGUGUAGAAGUGGUUGGAGGGAGGACAAAAGGGCUUACAGUUGUUGAUGUCACCAGUGAAAAUGAGGUUUCAAAACUUCUCAAAAGGGCUUCUCAAAGCAGGGCUGUUGGGAGGACAGACAUGAACGAGCAGUCAUCCAGAUCUCAUUUUGUUUUUACAUUAAAUAUUGAUGGUGUGAAUCCUCACACGGAACAAAGAGUUCAAGGAGUUUUAAAUCUAAUUGAUUUAGCCGGGAGUGAACGACUUUCAAAAAGUGGAGCCACUGGGGAUAGAUUAACUGAAACUAAGCAUAUCAAUAAGAGUUUAUCAGCAUUGAGUGAGGUUAUUUUGGCUCUUGGAAAGAAGGAAGAUCAUAUUCCAUAUAGGAACUCCAAGCUCACUUAUCUUCUUCAGCCAUGUUUGGGAGGAGACUCCAAGACUUUGAUGUUUGUGAAUGUAUCACCUGACCCGUUGUCAGUGAACGAGUCACUAUGUGCAUUGAAAUUUGCUGCACGAGUCAACUCAUGUGAGAUUGGAAUCCCGCGUCGUCAAACCAGCCGUCCAAUUGAUUCGCGUUUGAGUUGUGGGUAAAUUUGUAAUUUUGUCAUAUGCCCUAUGACACUUGUGCUACUAUUAAAUAUGAUUUGUUUUUGUUGAGAAUGGGAAAUUUGUUUUAACAAACAAGUUUAAGCUGUAGUUGUAUGGUGAUUUGGUUUGUGAAUUUAUAUUUGUUGUAACUGAUGUAGAUGCGGGUAGUGUUUUUUCUUAUUGGUUAUGAAUGGUGAUUUGUAAUUUUUUU